UGCCCGGCUGGGAGGGAGGACGUUGUCCGCUCGCGGCCCGGCGCGGUUGUCCGGGCUUUGUGCUGGCACUGACCGUCCUCCCCUCCCGCCCGUGCUCUCCUCCGGGGCUACCCGCACCGAGGCGCUCCGGAGCGGAGGCGGCUUCGGGGCACGGCCCGGGGCGACUAGGGGCCCAUCCCCGCUCCAGGCUCGGAUGGGAGGCGGAGGGAGGAGCGGCCGGGCAUGUUCGGUCUGAUGGCCAAUUGCUGCAGCUGGUUCAAGCGGCGGCAGGAGCCCGUCAGAAAGGUGACUCUUGUGAUGGUGGGACUUGAUAAUGCUGGCAAAACGGCAACGGCAAAGGGAAUCCAGGGAGAGUAUCCUGAAGAUGUAGCUCCUACUGUUGGAUUUUCCAAAAUUGACCUUAGACAAGGAAAGUUCGAAGUCACCAUCUUUGACUUGGGAGGUGGAAAAAGAAUUCGGGGAAUCUGGAAGAAUUACUAUGCUGAGUCCUAUGGGGUAAUAUUUGUUGUGGAUUCUAGUGAUGAAGAGAGAAUGGAAGAGACAAAAGAGACAAUGUCAGAAGUGCUAAGACAUCCUAGGAUAUCAGGAAAGCCUAUAUUGGUGUUGGCAAAUAAACAAGACAAGGAAGGGGCUUUAGGAGAAGCUGAUGUGAUUGAAUGUCUGUCUCUGGAAAAAAUGGUCAAUGAGCACAAGUGCCUGUGUCAGAUAGAACCUUGUUCAGCAAUCUUGGGAUCUGGAAAGAAAAUUGACAAGUCCAUUAAAAAAGGUCUUUAUUGGCUGCUACAUAUCAUUGCAAGAGACUUUGAUGCCUUAAAUGAACGCAUCCAAAAAGACACAACAGAACAACGCGCUCUUGAGGAACAAGAGAAACGAGAAAGGGCUGAGCGUGUGCGAAAAUUACGAGAAGAAAGAGAACAAAGAGAGCGAGAGCAGGCUGAACUCGAUGGAACCAGUGGUCUGGCUGAGGUGGACUCAGAACCAAUUACUGUUAAUCCUUUCCAGCCGAUAGCAACUGUAAUCAUUGAGAAUGAAAAAAAACUUGAAAGAGAGAAAAAGAGGCAAAAUGUGGAGAAAGACUGUGAUGCCUGCCCCCUGAAACAUAAAAUGGAGCGUGAGCAAAUGGAGACACAGAGCCAGAUCAGUGACGGUAGCCAAAAAAGCAAUGAGUUUGGAACAGUAGAAAAUUAUAACGAAGCAUUAAUGCAGCAGUUGGAGAAUGAAGAUGAGACAGACCAGCCAUCAUCAGAAUCAGAUAACAAUAAAAAGAAAACUAAGAAAUUAAGAAUAAAAAGGAGUCACCGAGUAGAACCUGUCAAUACCGAUGACACAGCUCCUAAGAGCCCAACGCCACCCCCGCCGCCGCCGCCUGUUGGCUGGGGAACCCCCAAAGUCACUAGACUUCCAAAACUUGAGCCUCUUGGUGAAACACGUCAUAAUGAUUUCUACGGGAAGCCACUGCCUCCCCUGGCUGUGCGACAGAGACCUAACAGUGAUGUUCAUGACAUGAUCUCAUAACCAAGUCGUGUGGAUGAGCUGUCUUAGUAUAGGCAAGACUAGAGGACCUUCUUUCUCAAAAAAGAAAAACCCUGAACUUUGAUGAUGGGCAAGAUAACAUAGUGAUUUCAGUGAGGAGAUUGAUAACCAAAGAUCUGUCUGAUCUGAUACUUAUCCAUGUUGUUCAUGGUUUAAAAAAAAAAAAAAGGAAGCAAAAAAACCAGCAGAUGGGAUGAGCAUUUUGGACCAAGUUAGCAAGAGUUAUUAUUGACUCUGGUUUAUACAUCCCCACUCAUGGGCAUAUUCCUGAAGGAAAACCUUUCAGAAACAGAGCCAGUGAACUUUGCACACCUUCAUUACUACUUGUUUAAUAGUCUUUAUUUCUACAUCAUAAACCUUUUAUGUAAGAUACAUGUGUGUGGAAGGGGAACUCUUGGGAAUUUAUAACCUAAAUUUUUAACUUUUUAUAUUUUUCUAAAACUUUUGUUUAAGAAUUUUAAUUACUAUGACAUUGACUGUAUACUUUUCUAUAGAUGCUUUGUUUAAAUUGUGUCUGGAAAAUAGAGUCGAGUUACUGGACAAACAUUAACUAUACAAGUGAUAUAUUUAUAUGUUUUGAGGUAUGUUUUAUAAUAGUAUUGUUCUUGAAGUAUACAUACUAAUUUGACCUAAUUUUAAAAUAAUACUUUUAAAAAAUGGAUUCUCAGAUCUUUAUUCUAACAAAUUAUAUUAUUUGAAAGCACUACCCAAGGAGAUAGAUCAGUUUUUUGUUGUUUGUUUUCUUUGAUGAUGAUCCUAAUAAAAGACACAUGAAAAAUAAAA